AUGUCCGCCUCGUCCACCGCACAAUCGAUCAAAGCAUCCACACCUACACCCUCACGCAGCAGCAAUGCCAAAGGCUCCAACUCCUUUCCGGACAUCGUGGCGGGCGUCUGGAACAAUUACACGACCAAGACGCCGCAGCGGGUGAAGUUGCUGGACACGUUUAUGGGAUUUCUAGUCGUGGUGGGAGUGUUGCAGUUUGUGUAUUGUGUUAUUGCGGGAAAUUAUCCAUUCAAUGCCUUCCUCUCCGGCUUCUCCGCAACAGUCGGACAAUUCGUGCUCACAGCCAGUCUACGCAUCCAAACGAACCCGGAGAACAAAGCGGAGUUUGAGGGAAUAUCACAUGAACGGGCAUUCGCGGAUUUCAUUUUCGGGAGCUUGAUUCUACACUUCUUCUGUGUGAACUUCAUCAAUUGA